CAUCUCUGCAUGUUUCUGGGUAGCUAAAUGGAUAGCUGGUUUAUCUGCAGGUUGGUAGUAGUUUCGGAACUAACGAGUAUGGCGACUUAAAAAUACACUUUACCUAUUGUAGAUAUUGUACCGCCGACUGUGCAUUUUUGUUUUUGUCUGCUUUGUUUUAGCACUGCAGUUCCAAGUGUCGUUGCCAUCUCAACAGCUUAGAUUUGACUGAACGAUUCUUUAACCUUCCUCAGCAAGGUAGCUGCUAAUGCUAGCUUCCAUAUAACACCCCACACGUGAUCAUUUGAAACUAAUUUUUGAUAUUUUUAAUGUACAAGAGCACAUAACAGCUAUAACGUUAGUACCCCGGUAAGCGAACAGACAGAUUGGACUUUUUGUUUGAGGGAAACAUGUCCGGGGCUAACAGAGGACAGGGAAGCGCGGCUAGUGAGCAUCACAACCGAGAAAAUAUGGUGUCAAGACUGAGAGGCUCGGUGAAACCCCGAGCUGUUACAAAUGAGAACCAAGAGAACCAUCCACCGAAACAAGCAGCCAACAGAACCGUCCUGGGAGCCCUGCAGAACAACCAGCAGCGCAAAACCCAGAACCAGCGCUGCACGGAACAGGAGUCAUCACAGCCCUUGUCCUGUAAAGAAGACUUUAGCAAAAGCGGCUAUGAAAAGCCCUUCACCAAGCAGCCAUCUUUCCAGAUCCAUGUGGAUGAGCCAGAUAGUGCCUGCACCAAGAAGCCACAGCAGGUGGUCGACGCUGUCAAAGCGAAGUCCAUUGCUGAAGAGUCUCCCCUCACAAUCGACAAUGCUGUGGCACGGCUCCGACAGCCCCUGGCCACCAUUGACAUUCCAUCAGCAAUGGAUGUCAGCUUUGACUCUCCCAUGGACAUGUCUGUGGUUGAGGGGGAGGAGAAACAAGUCAAUGUAAAUGAGGUCCCGGAAUAUGCUGCUGAAAUCCACACAUACCUGAGGGACAUGGAGAUAAAAACAAGGCCUAAAGCAGGCUACAUGAAGAAGCAACCUGACAUCACCAACAGCAUGAGGGCCAUCCUGGUGGACUGGCUUGUUGAGGUCGGCGAGGAGUAUAAGCUCCAGAACGAGACACUUUAUCUGGCUGUAAACUACAUCGAUCGCUUCCUCUCCUCCAUGUCUGUCCUACGGGGGAAACUUCAGCUGGUUGGGACUGCUGCCAUGCUGUUGGCGUCGAAAUUUGAAGAGAUCUACCCCCCUGAGGUGGCAGAGUUUGUUUACAUCACAGAUGACACAUACACCAAGAAGCAAGUGUUAAGAAUGGAGCAUUUGGUGCUUAAAGUGCUCUCCUUUGAUCUGGCAGCACCAACAAUCAACCAGUUUCUCACCCACUACUUCCUCCAUCAGUCUGUUAACAAACAGGUGGAGAGCCUGGCAAUGUACCUUGGGGAGCUCAGUCUGGUUGAUUCUGAUCCCUGCUUGAAGUACCUACCAUCACAAACAGCUGCUGCAGCCUAUGCCCUGGCCAACAACAUUGUGACUGGUGGCUCAUGGCCCAAGUCCUUGACAGAGAUGACUGGCUACUCGCUGGAUGAUCUGAUGCCAUGUGUUGAGGACCUCCACCGAAUCCACCUAAAUGCUGCUCAGCAUGCCCAGCAGUCUGUUCGGGAGAAGUACAAGGGCCCCAAGUACAUUAAAGUUUCCCUCAUCGACCCUCCAACUAAAUUGCAGCUGAACUGAUGUCUCCCCCCUCCCCUUGUCCAUGUAGAGUUGUUCCCCUGUCAGUCUUUAAAGUUUUUUUUAAAGGUUUUUUUAAAAUGAUGUGUGCCACAAUUUCAAAUAAAAUGGCCUGCUCUUCUUGGAGUAGAGCUAGAUGUUUAGAGGUUUUUAAUAUUUUUAUAUUCUCAAUCCUGACACUCGUACAGAUGCUAGUUGUGUUGGUUAAUCAAGCAGUUUCAAUCGUUUGACAUUUAAUCUCAAACAAAAUCUAGAGGUCUUAUCACCACUCUAAACAUUCUGCUUUGAUCUAGUGUCUCAAACUCCAACAGACUUGUGAAUGUACUCAAACCCAGAAAACCUUAAUUGUGGAUUUUCCACUUAAGGGUAGAGUUGAUGGCAGUUAUUGUUGCUGGUUCACCUUCAGAGGUGCAACUUUUGACCUUUAUGGGAUACAGAUUAAAGUGUAUUUUUCUGUCAUGGAGUCAGCUGUCUCAUUAUAUUGGUGUCUGUAGAGUUAGCAGCUUUUCAUGGCAUCUUCUGCACUGUAAAAUAUGGCUCUUGUAAAUAAAAUUCAUUUAAAGUAAGA